AUGUGGAGCUUGGAGCAGGAGAUGGUUCUUGACAAUAAACCUCUACCAUCAAUUUUCAUGGUUCCUAAACUGUACCGAGAUAUCAGCCCAAGAUCUUUUAAACCUAUGUUGGUCUCUAUUGGAUCUCUUCACAGAAAAGAUAAAAAUUUGCAAAAGUUUGAAGUUCAAAAAACAACUUAUUUGCAUAAUUUACUGGAUAUGUGUGUUUCCAACCCAGAGCAAACGUUAAAAGAAUGUGUGCAAAAAGUCAGUAUGAAAAUUGAAGAAAUCAAGGCAUGCUAUGAAGAGUCAACGAUCUAUGACCACGAUGAGGAACUUGUUAGAAUGAUGGUAGUAGAUGCUUGUUUCAUACUUUACUUCAUUCAUCUUCUUUCAGGAGCUGGCGGAUUUCAGGGUAACGAGUCGAUUAUCCCAUUAAUAGUUACUGAUAUGGUGUUGAUAGAAAACCAAAUCCCGUUUUUUGUUCUUAAAGACAUCUUCGAGUCUACUUUUCUUCAAUUUAAACCAAAUACCUCUCUCACAGACCAUCUCAAAAUACUUCUCCAAGGUUAUACUCUUUUUCAGAAUUAUAAAGUAACAGACACCAUCAACCUAUAUACGAGUCAUGAUCAUAUCCUUGGCCUUCUACAAAAUUCUUUAGUGCCUGUGGAUCUCCUAUCACCAUCUUUUCUUCAAAAAGAAGGCUCCAUCUUCGAACAUAAAAGACACUCGGCUAUGGAACUGUAUAGGGCAGGAGUGAACUUUAGGCCUAAUGAAGAUGCAAAUUGGGCAAUGGCCAUGAAACUAGAAUUACCAAGGUUUUCUUGCUUCCCAUGGUUUUGGUGUAAGCCUACACUGUGGAUGCCAAAACUGUAUGUUCAUGUUUCCACUGAGUUGAUUUUAAGGAACCUCAUACUAUACGAGCAGUCUAGUCUAGUUCCUGAGUACGUUACUUCAUAUAUGUGGGCCAUGGAUAUGCUAGUAGAUACUCCAGAGGAUGUUGCCAUGUUGAUAAAUUUAGGGUUCCUGAUCAACCAUUGUGGCUCCAACGAGAACGUUGCAAAUACGAUAAACAACAUAUGCCAAGAUGUCGCCAUAGAUGGUUUUUAUUACCAUCAAGAGUGGCAAGAUCUGGAUACCUACUACAAUAGUUACUGGCCCAAUGCCGCUGCAGGUUUGAAGCGUAGAUAUUUCAGCAGUCCAUGGACUAUAAUUGCUCUCUUUGCUGCAAUCAUUUUGUUUGUUCUUACACUUGUUCAGACCAUCUAUACAAUCAAGCCCCAAAGCCGAUAA